UGUGUACUUUGGUCUGUCGCUUCUCUCUCUCUCUCUCUCUCUCUGAGUUUGUGUGCAUGUUCGCUUGUUUUCUCUCUCUCUCUCUCUCUCACUUGCCACGGUACUCCCAACCAGUUUGUGCCCUCUGUUCUGCCUGUGAAAGCAAGAUUCCUUGUGCUGGAAAGUAUGGCUAAGUGUGGAGAGCAUGGUCCCGGAUACAGGACUCCACGCGAGGCGAUGAAAGGUCCGCGGGAGGAAAUUGUCUACUUGCCCUGUAUCUACAGGAACACAACGGUCAACAAGCCCGACUACCUAGCCACAGUUGAUGUCGAUCCCAAGUCAGGCACUUACUCCCAGGUUAUUCAUCGCCUCUCAAUGCCCAACCUCAAGGAUGAGCUCCACCAUUCCGGGUGGAACGCUUGCAGCAGUUGCCACGGAGAUGCAUCCAAAAAGCGCAAUCGCCUGAUCCUGCCUUCCCUGAUCUCGUCCAGAAUCUACGUGGUCGACGUUGGGACAGAUUCCCGAGCGCCCAGGAUGUUUAAGGUCGUGGAGCCAAUUGACAUGUUGUGGAAGUGUAACCUGGCCAAUCCUCACACCACACACUGCCUGGCCAACGGGGAGGUGAUGAUCAGUACAAUUGGGGAUCCCUCCGGGAACGGCAAAGGCGGCUUUGUUCUGCUGGACGGCGAGACGUUCGAAGUGAAGGGGAACUGGGAGCAGGAUGGACACGCAGCUCCCUUUGGUUACGAUUUCUGGUAUCAGCCCCGGCACAACGUCAUGAUCAGCACGGAAUGGGGCACGCCUAAAGCCUUGGCUAAUGGAUUUAAGAUAGAGGACGUCAAAGCCGGACACUACGGGCACAGCCUCCACGUCUGGGACUGGACCAAGCACACGCGAGUGCAGACGAUCGACCUCGGACAGGAUGGCUCCAUCCCGCUGGAGGUCCGCUUCCUCCACGACCCCAGUGCCGCUGAGGGGAUGGUUGGCUGCGCCCUGAGCAGCUCUGUCUUCCGCUUCUACAAGACGGAGAAAGGAGACUGGGCGACAGAGAAAGUCAUUUCUGUCCCGAAUAAGAAAGUGGAAGGCUGGAUUCUGCCCGAGAUGCCAGGUCUCAUCACCGACAUCCUCAUCUCCCUGGACGACCGCUUCCUGUACUUCAGUAACUGGCUCCAAGGGGACAUCCGGCAGUAUGACAUCACGGACACCCGCAAACCCAAGAUGGUUGGGCAGGUUUUUAUUGGAGGCUGCUUUUUGAAGGGGGGACCAGUGAAGGUUCUUGAAGACAAGGAAAUGAAGAGUCAGCCUGAGCCCCUCGUAGUUAAAGGGACGAGGAUUUGGGGCGGACCACAGAUGAUCCAGCUGAGCUUGGAUGGGAAGCGUCUGUACGUCACCACCUCCCUGUACAGCGGAUGGGACAAACAAUUCUACCCUGAGAUGAUCAAGAAAGGGUCCGUGAUGUUGCAGAUUGACGUGGACUCAGAUAAAGGAGGCUUGACGGUCAACAAGAACUUUCUGGUGGACUUCGGGAAAGAACCAGAUGGCCCAGCCCUUGCCCAUGAAGUCCGAUACCCUGGUGGUGACUGUAGCUCAGAUAUUUGGCUGUAGGGGCAGAUAUGGAAGCCAAAGGAGGACUGGGAGAUCCUUGGGUACACCCGACUUGGACCCUGGGAGGCCUCCAUUAUGAUCGGUGUCCAUUUGGUCAACACCACAAUCUCAGUCAUGCCCCAUUAGCACUCCUAUGAAGGAUUCUACUUUCCAAUAAUUACAAUAAUUUCCCUCUCGAAUGGACGUGCAUAAAUGCAAAGCUGAUUUGAAGAAUCAUUUCAUGACAAGCCCCGAUUUUGCUUUUUUUAAACUCUUUCACAGGAUGUGGGCGUCGCUGGCUAGGUGGGCAUUUGUUGCCCAUCCCUUAUUGUCCCCCAAGAAGGUGGUGGGUGAGCUACCUUCUUGAACCGCGGCAGUCCGCGUGGUGUAGGUACACCCGCCGUGCUGAUGGGGGAGGGUGCUUCUUAACUUGCGAAUUGAACAGGUCGGUGACGUUGAGAAUGAGAUCUUACUUCCUCCACCCUCUCUCCCUCACAGCACGAUAAAAGUCCAGGGGGUUGGAUUGCUGGUGCGUACGGAGCUGCAGGCUCAAAUCAGGCGGCAGGCGGGGAGUCUACAAUUGGCCUCAGCCGCACUUCCUGAUCCCUGUUAAUCCACAGCCAUCCCUAGGAUAGGAGGCCAUUCAGUCCCUCUACCUAUCCUGUCCCGCCAUUCAAUGAUUCAAUUAGAUCACGGCUGAUCUUAGUGACACCUACCACCUCGGUUCCCUAAUCCUGAAUCCCCCCCACCCAACAAAAAUCUAUCCAUCUCGGUUCUGAAAUUUUCUAUUGGCCUCCCAGCCUCAACAGUAGUUUUUUGCGGGGGGCAGAGAGAGUUCCAGAUUUCCACUCCCGUGUGUGUGAAGUGCUUCCUGACAUCACCCCUGGCUCCCAUUUUAAGGUUCUGCCCCCACCUUGUUCUGGACUCUCUCCCUCCCCCCACCACCAGAGGAAACAGUUUCUGUCUAUCAACCCGAUCGAAUCCUUUAAUCAUCUUAAACCCCCUCGAUUCGAUCACCCCUUCAUCUCCCACCCUCGAGAGGGAUACAAGCCUAGCACUGUGCCACCUGUCCUCGGAGUUUAACUCAUUUAAUCACUCUCUCUUCUGGGCUUAAUUCAGAUCAAAUGUUCCUUUGAACGAAACCUGCUUGUUACCGGUCAGUGAAUAAAAUAAUUGUGCACUUU